AUAGGCAAACAAAACAAAAAUAAUUUUAUCAAACAGUACUUUGAAAUAAUUACAGAUUAAGAACUUGCAAAGGCAUUGUUCACGGGGGCUUCGGUCCUUCCGUUCCGGGUUUUGUUUUUGUUUUGUUUUUCUGCGAAGGACUGACUGAUUACCGCGAUGGAGGGCCAGGGGAUACAAGAUGGGCGGUGUGGGCGACGCUCAGUGAUGUGGUCAGUUCGAUGAAUGGUUCCCCCGAGCCGAGCACCAGCGAAGACGGACGCCCGCUGAGGACGCCGUGAAUGCGCCGCGAUGAACAGCCCCCUGGUCACGGACCCCGAGGAGGAGAUGCGGCUACUCAAGGAUAGGGUCCGACAGCUGGAGCUGCAAAACAAGCAGCUCCGUAAGAACCAGCGCUCGCCCGUCGACACGACGAGCAGCAAGGAACGCAAGCAGUCCAGAAACAUGAGCAUGUCGGACAACGACAAGUCGUCCAAGGAGAGCUCGCUCGAAGACCUGGGCAUCAUCGACGUGGACCGGUUGCUCGAGAACGACGACGACGAGACCUGGCUCUGCGACCCGUCCGAGCGGCCGUGGCCUAUCGCCGACGCCAGCGAAGCCAAGGAGCUGGUCAACACGAGGAUCUCGCUCGCCAGCAAGCUGGACGAGAUCUCCCAGUUGGCAUCGAGAGCUCAGGAGCUGCGCGACAUGCUUGCGCGCGUUAGGCAUCCAGGCCCCAGCCGUACCUUCGACUCCCGGACGUUUACGAGGCCUCGGAGGAAGCUACGUCCGGCGCUGGACUGGAACGCUCUGCCUACCAUUAGCGCGGCGGAGAACGGGGCUCCGGCGGCAGACCACGACACACCGCGAGGUGUCUCGCCGGCACGCGAGGCCCCCCCUCCGGUCGUGCCCCUUCCGGAAGCGGCUGCAGUCCCCCUGGCCUCCGUCAAUGUGCACGAAAUCGUCAGGCUCCAAGGAGAGAGCCUGCGGCUGAGCUCGCCCAUGUGCUCCCCCAAGAGGGGAUCCGGCGAGUCGGGUGGCAGACGGUCGAGUGCCGCAGACAAGGUUCUGCCGACCUCCGGGCUGCCUACAGGGUGCACAACGGGCGCCAGGCCUAGUGACCCUCGCCGGGAAGACUCGCCCUCCGACGGAGACGGCCUCGCCAGGGUGCCACUGGACGGUGGUGCCCGUGCAGCCACACCCCCAACCCCCGACCUUGGAGGCUCUGCUGCGAGCAGUCCAUACGGCUCCAACUCUUCCUUGCACCACGUGUCCCUGCUCCCCAGCAAAGGAGCAACGCGGAGGAGCCUGCCCAACCUGAGUCGAGUGCUGAAUGGCCUCGGGUCCCACCCUGGCUCCGCAGUCACUGGCCAGCAGGCCACGCUAGGCGCCCCGAGAAGUCGGCUAGCUGUGCCCACUCAGCACGAGGUUCCAGGCCGCUCCGCGUUGCCGGCACCGCGCCCCACCCGCAGCCGGUCGUCCUCGGUGGCGUCGACGGGGCUGCCCGCGGCCUCCCCACUCCCUAGGGGAGGUCGGCGCUCGGAGCAGUUCCCCCCGAGGCCCGAGCAGACGGAGACGACGCCCCUGCGGCUGUCCCUGGCUCCGAGGAACGCCACCCCAGCCACCCAGCCCCGGUCGGGCCUGCCCCGGCCCUCCCGGAUCCCGCCACCCACCAAAAGGUCUGGCAUCCCGGCGUUGGCGUCCAAUGCUGCAGCGACUCUGCGGUUUGCAGAAGCAGACGACGACUGGAGCGACGGCUGUUACUGAUGCACGGCCCCCCAAGCUUUGUUCCACCGUUUAUCAAGAAACCGCAAGAGCCUGUUGUGCGGGUCAGGAUUAAAGAGAGAAUAAACAUGUAAGACAAGGACAACGCAACCACAUCUUUCAAGAAAGAUCUGGUUGUGUUGUCCUUGUCUUGCAUGUUUAUUCUUUCUUCAAUCAUGGUUUCAAGUUUUUAAAGUUUUACGCAUUUUUGUUUGAAAACCUCCCGACGGGAGAAAGCCGAUUUUUGCUAAGGCGGCCACUGCUAGGCCCACCGCUACUUCCCCACCGCCUUCCGGUGCAACCUCCCAGGAGGAGCGUUUAAUCCUCGCAACAGUGCCAACAGCGGUAAGGAGAAAACGUGUCGCGUGGGGGCAGAUAUGAUUUAGAUACCUAUGAAUGUUCCUCAACGUCGAGUGGUUGCCACUCGACUGAAUGUCUAGAGCAGAGUGUGAGUUUGCCUUCCGAUCUCGGAGAGGCAUCUCGAGUUGUUCGCAAGAGUCCGAGUGUUUGUACGCGAGGUUUAAGAAGCCGCAAAAGCGAGCACCGUCGAUCGUUCCUCGUUUUUGGACGCUGGAAAACCUUCGGUGAAGGUUCUUGCACGCGACAGCGGGCUAAACGAAACGCACAGGGUUGCGCAGAGCCGCAGUUUUUCGACCGGCGGCGUCCCCAGACAUUUUGUUCCUCCCCUUUGGUGGCGAGUGUGUGUAACCUUUUGCUCAUUUUUUCUAGUUGUGUGCGAGACGUGGGCAGCCAGACUCAAGUGCGUUGCGGGGGGGCGGAGCUAGGGCGAUGUCAUGUGAUAUAUUUAUGGACGGCUGCUGGUCUGCCUGCUCUUUUGUUCGGAGAAACGUUGACCCAAACACGUUUUCCUGCGCGGGUUUGCCGCGAGGUGCUUUGUUUUGCUUCUUUUACUGCGAGAGUUUCCUCGCACGUUGGGGGGAGGGGGGUAGCCUAACCCGGGUGUUAACUGCUGGUCAAGCUCGAGCCUGCAGUUGUUGCUGGAUGCACUGUAUAUACGUUGCAUGCUUUUUUUUAUGGGGUACAAAUAAAAAGGUAAGCUCGAA